AUGGACACGGAUGAUGCUGAGAAGGAGCUGCUGGACCUGCUCACCUAUGAGUGCCCCUACACAAAGAAGCGGCGUGUUGCUGGGAGGGGGGAGGCUUUGGAAACCCCGUCCGUGGUUACCGCUUCACUUGGAGCACCAACUGCAGUACCAGCACCUGCCUGCUCAAUUACCGAUGACCAAGAAAACAUGUACCUGGACUACUUUGACCGUGGCCAUCAGUUCCCAUCCUCCUCUCCUCUUGAGGUGAUGCCAAAGACCGACAUCGCAGCCCCGUGUUCACACGUGGUCGAGCUGGCGAAAGCCGCUGUGAGAGGGCACACUGGUGUGUCUAGUGCAGAGCAAGACUUUGCCCGAGUGAGCCUGCAAGAUGCAGAACGUGGUGCUCACCAUGUUUUUGCAAAGUAUGGAUAUACAGCUCCUGUUAAGGUUGAGUACCUCAAUUUGGGCAGUAGGCAACUGAGCCAGUUCCCUGUCAUCAGGCCAAGUGCCUGGGUGCAGUUUCUUUUGGAGAAAGACAAACUGCCCAAGUGCCUUUGUGGUGUUGGCGACUUUGGUACCAUGGAAGAGACUUUGGAAGUCUUUUGGGAGAGAUACCAGGUGUUGUUUCCUGCUCAUGAAAUCUUUUCCAUGGCCCAGCAGGGAAAGCUUCUCCUCCGGCGGACCAUUCCAAUUUUUAGCCAUACGGAUGAAGGCAGAAGUGCGCGUGGAACGUGGAUGAUCAACACGGCCUUCGCCUUCAUGUACAACCACGGGUUUUGGCUCCGGAGUGCUGAUGGUGUGAAGUUGGCCAAGUGGCUACUUGUCUUCUUGCAGUGCUACGACUCUUGCGCGAAGAUUGCUCUCUCUGAGGCAACUCCCCGGUUCUCAAUCAUGCCAAAGAACCACAUGCUCAUGCACAGUAUCUUGCCUCUUUUUGAUCAGGCGUCCAAAGGACGCUGGGUCAUAUCUCCUUUAGCUUACUCGGUUCAGGUCCAGGAGGAUUUUAUAGGGCGGCCGUCUCGACUUAGCAGGCGGACAUCACCGAGAUCGAUGCAUCUCAAUGUGGUGAAUCGAAUGUUGCUGAUGGUUCAGAGAGCCCUUGAGGACGGGGAGCGAGACCACCGAGGGGUGAGGUGGAGCAUGUAG